CAGUCUUCUCGGCGAGUCGAUGGGAGGCACAUUAAAAAAAGUACCACGUUAUUUUCGUGUUGAAUUCGACUCGUUAUUCGUUCGCUUAUUCGAGCCAUUGUUAUGCCGGUACAGACGAAACUCGAUUCGUUCGUCGAGUCACGACUAUUAGCAAAUUUUCGACAAAAUUUCAACGGUUAAUUAAUAAAAUUAACACUCUUACAGGCUUCGUUGUAAUCCAGUGGAAAAAUUUUCGGGCUAAUUUCCCUCCAUCGCGUUAAGUGCCAAUCAAUUUCACCGCAAUUAACAUUUCAAGCGUGCACGAAAAUGUUCAGCAGUUGUAUCCUGACCCAAAAAUGAAUCACGAGUACUAUUUUCGUUCGUUUGAUCGAUCAAGGGAUAAAUCGUGGCCUUUUAAUUACCGUGGAUAGCAAUAAGGCGAAGAACGCUGUUUCCGAUCAAAUUAGAAGCCCCGUGAAACCGUCCGCGGCCAUUGGCCACCACCGACACACCAUCAAAAUGUGAAACGCGACUACGAAUUCUAUUGGAACAAACGGGACCAGACACCAGGGUAAAACGAAACCAUGUUCAAAGCCCUUACCACGGUAUCACCGUUGGAUUCAUGGACGGUACCGUCCACGUCGUCGAUCCUCAGGGUGACGUCGGAAAUAUCAUCGGCCACCAAGUAUUCCAGCAUAGGGAGCGUGUACGAGGUGAUCAAUGAUACGAUACUGAAUGAGGAUGACAACAAGGAGGAAGAGUACACGCCGUAUCGCGAACGACCAGAGACGUAUAUCGUGCCGGUGGUGUUUCUCCUUAUAUUGCUGAUCGGGUUAACCGGAAACGGGGUGCUGGUGCUCACUAUACUCCGACACAGAAACAUGAGGAACGUUCCUAAUAUUUAUGUUUUCUCCCUGGCGCUUGGAGAUCUCCUGGUGAUAGUUACGUGCGUGCCGUUUACCUUCACCGUCUACAUUUUAGACUCUUGGCCCUUCGGGCUGGUGCUUUGCAAAGUUUCCGAGUGCGCCAAAGACAUCUCCAUCGGGGUCUCGGUGUUCACAUUAACGGCACUCUCGGCGGACAGAUUUUUCGCUAUCGUGGAUCCGAUGAGGAAACUCCACGCCACCGGUACAGGGAGGCAGGCAACGGGUUUCGCGAUCAUCGUUGCUGCGAUGAUUUGGCUGUUAGCCAUUCUGUGCGCCAUUCCAGCUUCUUUUUCCUACAUCAAAGUAUUCCGGGUGAACAGGAACGUGACCUUUCGCGCCUGCUAUCCAUUCCGGGAAGAGUUCGGCCCGGGAUAUCCUAAAACCAUCGUCGUCUGUCGUUUCUUCAUCUACUAUGCGACGCCGCUUACCAUCAUCGCCGUUUUUUACAUUCUGAUGGCCAGACAUCUGGUGAGAAGUACCAGAAAUAUACCUGGAGAGAUGCAGGGUCAGGUGAGACAAGUAAAAGCACGAAAGAAGGUAGCGAAAAUGGUGAUGACUUUCGUGAUAGUUUUUGCGGUGUGUUUCCUCCCUCAGCACGUGUUCAUGCUGUGGUUUUACAUUCACCCGUCGGCGCAAGAUGAUUACAACGUUGUCUGGCAUUAUUUUCGAAUACUCAGCUUCUGUCUGGCGUUCAUCAACAGUUGCAUCAACCCCAUAGCUCUGUACUGGGUGAGCGGCACGUUCAGGAAAUACUUCGACAGGUACCUGCUUUGUUGCGUGCCGAGGAGGAUUCGCAGACGACAACGUCGUUCAUCAGACCUGAGUUCACGGGGUCGGGGUCAAAGUAUCACGUUGAUGAGCUCUAAAAGGUACAUGGGUGAUUCUCGUCGAGGACAACGAAGCACCGUGCAUAUGUCCAUCCUUGGUAAUGACGUUAGGGCGAGCCUUCCAAGCAAGGAACAAGAGACGACCAUUAGUUUAACCGCGUGUCCAAAUGGCGUUGAUGAUGAUCCGAGAAGUUAUCGAAAUUCGACCAUCGAACCGACCAUCAGUCGCGAGUGCUCGUUAAAAUCCAAGGACUGAACGAUUCAGCGAUUCCUUGAUAGCUGGUAAUUUAUUUUGUUUUUUUAUGUGAACGAGGACUUCGUUAAUUGAGUUGAAUAAACUGUGAUCAUUUCUCGAACGAUUACCUCAUACUGUGAAAUGAAAAAGUGUUGAAAUUUGAAUGAAUGUAAAAGAAGAGUAAGAAAAAGUGUGAGUAAUUAUUUUUAAUUAAUAUUAUCUAGAUUAAGAUUAUUAAAUUCAAUGAAAGUCAGGAUGGAAUAUCAUCUGUCAUUUUGUGAUUAUCAUUGAUUUCUUCUCGAUGCACCAAUCGUCGAAACUAGAAUUAGACACGGAAGCAAUUUGUAAAUCGAAUCGAUGUGGUACGUAAGUGUACAUUCAAAGCACAUUCAUUUUGUGAAUAAAAUUUAGACAUCGAA